CCGCGCAGCCGCCGCGAUGAGAGGCGCCCGCGGCGCCUGGGAUCCCCUCUGCGUCCUGCUCGUCCUGCUCCGCGCCCAGACAGGCUCUCCGCAGCCAUCUGCGAGCCCAGGGCAGCCGGCUCCCCCAGCCAUCCAGCCAGCACAGCCGGAGCUGAUCGUGGACGCCGGCGGCAGGCUCUCGCUGGAGUGCAUCGACCCAGGCUCCGUCAGGUGGACUUUCGAGAGCCUGGGUCAGCUGAGUGAGAGCGAGCACAGCCAAUGGACGCGCGAGAAGGCGGAGGCCGCCAACACGGGCAGGUACACCUGCACCAACGCGGACGGCCUGAGCAGCUCCAUCUACGUGUUCGUGAGAGAUCCGCGGCAGCUGUUCCUCGUGGGCCUGCCCCUGUACGGCCGAGAAGACAGCGACACGCUGGUCCGCUGUCCGCUGACCGACCCGGACGUGACCAACUACACCCUCAAGGAGUGCGAGGGGAAGCCUCUCCCCAAGGACUUGACCUUCGUCCCGGACCCCAAGGCCGGCAUCACCAUCAAGGACGUGAGGCGCGCCUACCACCGGCUGUGCCUGCGCUGCACCGCCGACCGCGAGGGCACAACCGUGCAAUCGGAAAAAUUCAUCCUGAAAGUGAGAGCAGCCAUCAAGGCCGUCCCGGUGGUGUCCGUGUCCAGGACGAGCUGCCUGCUUAGAGAGGGAGAAGAGUUCUCCGUGACCUGCACGGUUAGAGACGUGUCCACCGCCGUGCUGUCCACGUGGCUGAAGGACGGCCAGUGGACGAACAGCCAGGUGAAGCGCCACAGCUGGCAUCAGGGUGACUUCCACUACGAGCGCCAGGAGACGCUGACGAUCGGCGCGGCGAGAGUGGCGGACUCCGGGGUGUUCAUGUGCUACGCCAACAACACCUUCGGAUCGGCGAAUGUCACCACGACCUUGCAAGUCGUAGAUAAAGGCUUCAUCCGGGUCUUCUCGGUGACCAACACCACCAUGUUUGUCAACGACGGAGAAAACGUGGACUUGGUGGUGCAGUACGAGGCGUACCCGCGGCCCGCGCAGCAACAGUGGCUGUACAUGAACAGGACCUCCGCCAACAAGUGGGAGGACCACCCCGAGUCAGAGAAGGAGAGCAACAUCAGAUACGUGAGCAAGCUGCACCUGACCAGACUGAAGGGGAGCGAGGCCGGCACCUACACGUUUCUCGUGUCCAACGCUGAUGUCAGCGCUUCCGUGGCAUUUAACAUUUACGUGAACACGAAACCGAAGAUCCUGACUUCCAAAAGACUGGUGAACGGGGUGCUCCAGUGUGAAGCAGCAGGGUUCCCGGAGCCCACCAUAGACUGGUAUUUCUGUCUGGGAACCGAGCAGAGGUGCUCGGCGCCCGUGUGGCCAGUGGCUGUGCAGGUCCAGAACGCGUCGGAGCAGCCCUUCGGGAAGCCGGUGGUCCAGAGCGCCAUCGACUCGAGCGCCUUCAAGCACAACGGCACGGUGGAGUGCAGGGCGUCCAACGAGGCGGGCCAGAGCUCCGCCUACUUCAACUUUGCCCUUAAAGGUAACAGCAAAGAGCAGAUCCAGGCGCACACCCUGUUCACACCUCUGCUGGUGGGGUUCGUGGUGACGGCCGGCGUCAUGUGCAUCAUAGUCAUGGUCCUCACCUACAAGUACUUGCAGAAGCCCAUGUACGAGGUGCAGUGGAAGGUGGUGGAGGAGAUCAACGGCAACAGCUACGUGUACAUCGACCCGACGCAGCUUCCCUACGACCACAAGUGGGAGUUCCCCAGGAACCGGCUGAGCUUUGGGAAGACCCUGGGUGCCGGCGCCUUCGGGAAGGUGGUGGAGGCCACAGCCUACGGGCUGAUCAAGUCGGACGCGGCCAUGACCGUCGCCGUGAAGAUGCUGAAACCGAGCGCCCAUCUGACGGAGCGGGAAGCCCUCAUGUCUGAGCUCAAGGUGCUGAGCUACCUGGGGAACCACAUGAACAUCGUGAACCUCCUGGGAGCCUGCACCGUCGGAGGGCCCACCCUGGUCAUCACAGAGUACUGCUGCUACGGGGACCUCCUGAACUUCCUGCGGAGAAAGCGGGAUUCGUUCAUCUGCUCCAAGCAGGAGGACCACGGGGAAGCCGCCCUCUACAAGAACCUCCUGCAGUCCAAGGAGCCGUCCUGCAGUGACAGCACCAACGAGUACAUGGACAUGAAACCCGGCGUCUCCUACGUCGUCCCCACCAAGGCAGACAGAAGACGAUCAGCCAGAGUCGGCUCCUACAUAGAGCGAGACGUGACGCCCGCCGUCCUGGAGGACGACGAGCUGGCCCUGGACCUGGAAGACUUGUUGAGCUUUUCCUACCAGGUGGCCAAGGGCAUGGCUUUCCUCGCCUCCAAGAACUGUAUUCACAGAGACCUGGCCGCCAGGAACAUCCUCCUUACCCACGGGCGCAUCACCAAGAUCUGCGACUUUGGCCUCGCCCGAGACAUCAAGAGCGACUCCAACUAUGUGGUUAAAGGAAACGCCCGGCUCCCCGUGAAGUGGAUGGCCCCGGAGAGCAUCUUCAACUGCGUGUACACGUUUGAGAGCGACGUCUGGUCCUACGGCAUCUUCCUGUGGGAGCUGUUCUCCUUAGGCAGCAGCCCCUACCCCGGGAUGCCAGUGGACUCCAAGUUCUACAAGAUGAUCAAGGAGGGCUUCCGGAUGCUGAGCCCUGAGCACGCACCUGCUGAAAUGUAUGACAUCAUGAAGACUUGCUGGGACGCUGACCCGCUGAAAAGGCCGACGUUCAAGCAGAUCGUACAGCUCAUCGAGACACAGAUCUCCAAGAGCACCCACCACGUUUACUCCAACGUGUCCAACAGCAGCCCCAACCCCGCGCACCCCGCCGUGGACCACUCGGUGCGCGUCAAUUCCGUGGGCAGCAGCGCCUCCUCCACGCAGCCCCUGCUCGUGCAUGAAGACUGAGCAGGGCCCCCGGCCCGGGCCUCCCCUGCAGGGAGGGGCCUCGGGCUCCGGCUUCCUCCGGGGUGGGGGCCCCCGUAAUCCCUUCUCAGUGAGCACACUUCCGUGGCUGCUGGGGCCGCCCCCCUCGGCCACCACCCCCUUGCAAAGGUUCGAACUGUACAUAUUCCCGAUAGCAGAGUAGCUCCUACAGGACACAGAAAAAGUGUGACCGGGCACCCGGCGGGCAGGACAAGCCCAGGGCCCUGAGUCCUUUCCGAGACUUGCCGGGUUCUGUCCUCCUAGCGCGGUGGGGAGUUGGAUUUGAUAAGCAGUAGUUGUCACAUUCCAGUCGCCGGCAGAGUCCGCCAUGACGCGGGGGCGCCAUGAGAAGAGACGCCAAGCACAAGCCCCUUGGUGGCCGUGCAGCACCGUGAGCAGGAAGGCUGGGGGCAGGAGUGUUGGGCUUUGGGAAUCUGGUGUUUGACGCUGCAGACGCUGCCCGGGCUCUGGCUCAGCUGACCUAGCUUGUCCCCGCACGUUGGCGGAGAGGGAGGUGGCCUUGUGUGUGUCCGUGCCCCGGGGGCCCGCGGGUCUGGCUUCUGUCACGUCCUCCCCGUGCAGGGCACAUUCAGGGCCUCCUAGGUGUCAAGCAAACAGUUCCCAGUCUUUGUUCCAUGGGGAGAAAGGUGCACCUGCCAGGCGCAGUCGGUAGUCUUCGCGGCCAGCAAACGAACUUGCUCCCUGGUUCUGUGGGGCGACGCCCAGCUGCCCAAUUGAUGGAUUUGAUGUCAUUUGCCAAAGAGGGUGAUGGUGCGGGAAGACGGUGCUGCCUUCGCGUGGGCUCUCGCGUGGCAGGAAGCACAAGUGGGGUUCAGUUCCACGGCAGGUGUGUCCUGAGCGUCAGGCCAGUAUCUGUGGCUGUGUGUGUGUGUGUAUGUGUGUAUGAGUGGGUUUAGCCGAAUAUUGGGGGUGGUGUCCUCACCCCGAGUCCCAGGGGCCUCGGUCCUCCAGCACCAGGGACGGGGCCCAGUGCUCAGCGUCCAUGUUGCUGCCACGACUCCCCCAAAGCUUCCGGCGGCAGGCAGGCCACGGGGUGUCCCCAGCAUCUGUCCCCAUGCUUACCAUGCACACGUAUUUCAAUGUUGCCCUGUAGGCUACAGCCUGGAUGUUGUUCUUGUAGUUUACUGUCUGUCCUUUCUUUUCUUCUCAUUGCCCAGCGUAAGAGGCGGGCGGCCAGGUUUAGGUUUGGGUUUAGGCUUAGGCUUAGGCAUGCUGUCUUCAGGGUUUCUUCUGCGCUCUUGCGUUCCUUGGGCCACAGCCCGAGCGCUGUGGCCGUGGCGGUGACCAUUUGCACUGGAGUUCCAUGCUCUCGCACCUGUCCAAAGCCAGCCGGUUCUGGGGUUGCGUUGUCACAUAGGAGAUCGCCGCCGUUGGCCAAAUUUGUCUGAAAACCAUUGCUUUGCGUUCCUGUCGACUUGGAUUAUGGGAAGGAAAUCAGUGAGUGGCUCGUGGUAGAUGUCUAGGUACUUCAGGGGCACUUCACUGAGAGUUUUGUCUUGGAUAUUCUUGAAAGUUUAUAUUUUUAUAAUUUUUUUUUACAUCAGAUGUUUCUUUGAAGUGGCUUUAAUGUUUGAAAUUAUUUUAUGGCUUUUUCUGUAAAUAUUGAAAUGUAGCAAUAAUGUCUUUUGAAUAUUCCCAAGCCCACGAGUCCUUGAAAAUAUUUUUUAUAUAUACAGUAACUUUAUGUGUAAAUAUGUAAGCGGUGCGACCCGAGCGGUUAUUGGUGUUUUGUCUUUU